GUUGGCUUUAUAUGGACUGCCUGUUUUCUCCAGCAACCAUCCCACUGAGCAAAGACAGAGCUUUAUCAUGAACAUGUGGCUGGCUCUCCCAUUUCUGUGUCAAAGGGGAUAACAGGACUGAUAAAGAAUCUGCUAACCACCUUGUGUGAAAUGGAUAAGGUCUGAAGCAGUAAAGUUAAUGCUGUAAUGUAAGAGAUGCUCCUGGCUUCUUCCUAACAACACAUUCCAGCAGACGAUAAGUUCCUGGCAGCCAUCUUUGUUUUCGACAUCUCUAGGUUUUUAAAUUUUCACCAUGUCUGACGAUGAAUCGCACAAUCCCCCAGAGGAGAGUACAGAUGCCACUGAAGAGGUUACCUUCGUAGCUGCACCUACUACUACUACUACUACUCCAGCCUCCCAGGAAAAUGAAGCAAAGAGAGCAAUGGAGGAGGCAGCAAGAAGGAAGGCCGAAAAGGUGGCACAAGAAAUAGCAGAAUUCGAAGAACAGAGGAAAGAAGAAAGAGAGAAAGAACAACAGGAAAUCCAGGAGCUCAGAGAAAAAAGAGAGCAACGUAAAAGGGAGAGAGAGGAAGAUGAGAAGAGACUGGCAGGGAUGAGGGCACAAGAGGAGGCCAGGAGGAAGGCUGAGGAGGAAGAGAAAAAGAGGAAGAAGAUGGAAGAAGAACAAAAGAGAAAGGAAGAUCGUGAGAGAAAACGCAAGGAACAGGAAGAACGUAUCAAAAACAUGCGCACGCCGAAUUUUGUCAUUACCAAACACAGCGAUGGUGAACGCCCUCAGACAACUGAGGAGAAUGAGAGAGAGGAGGUCCAGAAAUCCAAGGAGCAACUGGAGGCAGAGAAGCGGUCCUUCCUCUCCCAGAGAAUCAAGCCCCUUCCUGAUCUUUCGGGCCUCGAUGUGGAAAAAUUGGCAGAGCAGGCCAAGGACCUUCACAAGGAGAUCUUCCGUCUCAUGACCGAAAAGUACGACAUAGAGGAGAAAUUUAAGAGACAGCAGUAUGAUAUGAUUGAACUUGCAGAGAGAGCAAGACAGAUGAGCAAAGGAAAAGGAAGGAAAGGACUGUCAUCUGCACAGGUUGAUGAAUCAUUUGACAGAUUAGCAGACAAAUUUGCCGGUGCCCCACCAAAGAUCCAAUUAUGCAGCAAGUAUGAACGCCAUACCGACCACCGAUCUUACGGACAGCGAUUAGAAUUAUUUGAAGAUUUAAGUAAACCCAUUGAAACUGUCCUCCAACCCAAGAAAGAUGGAGAUGGGGAGGAAGAUGCUGGCCAAGAAGAAGGAGGGGAAGAAGGAGGGGAAGAGUGACCUAUCUGAACCCUCAUGUCCUGUUAGCCUGGGUGUCAACAGAUUGAACCAAUAGGAAAUGUUAUUUAAAUGGUAGACAAGACAUCUCCAUGACAACGUUUCAACCUGGAAUGUGUAUUGACAGCCACAGGAAGAAGAAAUAGCGUUUAUACUUCUAACAAUUAUGUAUAAGUGCAUUAACUUGUUUUUAAUCUCUUCAUAUCCUAGGCUAUCGUUUUUAGCUUUGUAAAUUUUGUUUUAUUUAUAAAAAAAAAAAUGUUUGCAUUAUUGUUUUAAAGGAUUUCUUUCGCAUAUUUUUGGAAAUCCUUUCAAAUGAUGGAGAGAGACAUUGAUAGUCUUGAUAUUGACCAUAUCCCAGGAAAAAAUAAAAAAGAAUUGUUCUUCUUUGGGAGAUCUGUGAUGAAGCUGUUAUGAAUAACAGUUGCAGAUUUGAUAAUUCUGUGUGAAUGUAAGGAACGUUUUAUUUCACAGAAGACAAUUCGAGUGAUAGAUAGAAUUCUAUUGCUUAUAUCCAAGGCUAUGUGUGAUAAGAUAGCCCUAUAGACUGAGUAAAUAAAGUUGGCCAAAUCCUUU